ACCCCACACUGUCACAAACAUCCACAUGCACAAAGGGCGAGAAACAGGGUGGAGAAUGAAAUCAUUUCAUAGAGAGAAAGAGAUGCACACGAGAGAGUGAGGAAACUGAAAGAGUGAUUGUGAGAUACUGAAACACGAGCACAGAGGGACGAUACAAGAGAGACAGUGAGGAGGGAGAGAGAGGAAGACGAACUGGAGUUAGAGGCGAAUAAAGAGGGACCAUGCUGAGGAGGAAGAGGAGCGUAUCCUUCGGUGGAUUCGGAUGGGUUGACAAGUCUACCAUUAGCGCCCUUCGAGCCCGGAAGCAGGAGUUGCUGACCAUCUCCAAUGUACCCCUGGCAGACUGCCCUCCCUCUCCCCCAAGAACCGCCCCUCCCACCAUGAAGUCUACUCAGUUUUUUGACAUGUUGGACAAGAUGGAGCAGCUUUCUGAGGUGGAGGAAAUGAGGCCACAAAGAUUAAAGGAUGAUUACAUUCCAUACCCACGGAUAGAGGAGGUGUUACAGCGGGGAGAGCCAUACCCUCAGGUUAUCCUGCCUCAGUUCGGGGGUUACUGGAUAGAAGAUCCCGACGCCUCUGCCGCCAUCCCUAACUGGGAGAAUGGUUUCUGUGAUGAGGAAGAUGGAGAAGGAAGCAAUUCAGGACAGUUUGGCUACAGACUGGAGAGCAACUAUGCCAUUCGCGCAUUCCGCAAGCACUUUCUGGGCAGGGAACAUCUGAACUUCUACUGCACGGCAAGUAACCAUGGCAACCUUGUACUGUCCCUCAGACACGAGGAGGUGAAGGAGCAAGAGAACCUGCACAUCAUUCUCAGGACUCCAUCGAAAACAAUCUAUGACAGGAUCUCUUUGGCAGGCUUGACUGAGCUCCCCAGUGUCCCUCAGUUAGCAAAGCUUCUAUGUGAAGACAUUGUGGGUCUGAGGUUUAGUCCUGUGCUAUACCCAAAGGGCUCACAAUUAAUAGUGAAUUAUGAUGAGCAUGAGUUAAACAACACCUUCAAGUUUGGUGUCAUCUACCAAAAGUUUGGGCAGACCUCAGAGGAGGAGUUGUUUGGGAACAAUGAAGAAACUCCAGCGUUUACAGAGUUCCUCCGAGUGUUGGGAGACUGUGUACAGCUCCAGGAUUUUAAAGGCUUUCGAGGUGGUUUAGAUGUGUCUCACGGUCAGACAGGGUCUCAGUCGGUCUACACUGUGUUCAGAGGACAGGAACUCAUGUUUCACAUCUCCACCAAACUGCCCUAUACUGAGGGAGACACCCAGCAGGUCCAAAGGAAGCGUCACAUUGGGAAUGAUAUUGUGGCUGCAGUUUUUCAAGAGGAUUCCACGCCUUUUGUGCCUGAUAUGAUCGCUUCCAAUUUCCUCCAUGCCUUUAUUCUAGUUCAAGUGGAAAACCCUGGAACAGAUGAUACCACAUACAAGGUGUCUGUCACAGCUCGUGAAGAUGUGCCACAGUUCGGCCCUCCUCUUCCCAGUCCACCUAUCUUCAAAAAGGGCCCAGAAUUCAGAGAGUUUCUCCUAACAAAGCUGAUCAAUGCAGAGCUGGCAUGCUACAGGUCAAGCCGAUUUGCCAAGCUUGAGGAGAGAACACGGACAGAACUGCUAGAUAACCUUCAUAAUGAGUUACACAAGCACACGCAGACAAUGCUGGGUCAUCCCCUCAGCGCAGAUGAAGAGAGGAUAGAGAACGGAGGACAUGGAGGAAUACUGGAGUCUAUUAAGCGGGCAAUGCGCGUGCGCAGUCAUUCUAUGGAGGCGAUGGUGGGCUCGCAGAAACACGGCCGCUGCUCUCCGGCGGGAGGAGGCGUACCCACCAGCCUGAGCGGGGUCGGCCUGACACACAGCAGCACUGAGGCUGCCAAGAACUCUUCUCCAGUGACGUCGAGCGCCAAGUCUCCUCUGAAAAGCCCAGUGAAGAGACGCUCAGGUCUGUUCCCACGACUGCACACAAGUAUGGACGGACAGCCAGAGCGUCACACACGCAGUGUCCUAACUGAUCAAAGAAGUCUAGACAGUGGUCAUCUCUCACAGGAAGUGAGAUCAGAGACGUCGUCCAAUCCCAGCUCUCCAGAGAUCCUAAGCAAUGAGAGGCCAACUCUCCAGCAGAAGGAGGUCAGUGGGAGACCAGAUAUUUCUCGAUCCUCCUCCAGCACCAGCAGCUUCAGCAGUGCUGCAGGAGACCCAGAGCAUCUGGAGGACAAAGAGCUUAGCAGCCUCCAGAUUUCUCCCAGUCUCUCGCCCGUCUUUGGCUCACUGAGCACAGAGGCACAGGGCACAGGAACGCCAGUGAUUAUGUGCCGCAGUCCAACAGAUUUUAGGAAUAAAACCUCACCCAGAUCCAAUCUGAAGUUCCGCUUUGACAGAUUGAGCCAGUCUGCUGCUGGACAUUAGCAAAGGGAAUGUCAAAGACGACCAGAACCACUAAAAGCAAUGGAUCAGCGCUGAAGAUCAAAUACUGUCUGGACGGAGAAGGAGAGAAAUUAAGAAGGGAUCUGAGCUCCUGAUCUGAACAUCACAGGAACAAGCACAUACACUUAACAUCUCCUCUAGUUUGUGCAGGUGGUCAACUGCUACCUACUUGGCACAUUAGUUGAUUUUGCACAUUUUGAAGUAUUUCGGUGUAAAAAAUAAAUAUCUUGUGAGUUAAGAAAAUGCAAACUUGGAUUAGCAGGUCAAUAAUAAUAACUAUCCUCACUUAAUAGUAUAAAACAAAACAUUUAACAAAAUUCCCAGCACCUGAUCCAUUCCACAGUAUUUCGAGUAUCUAUUUUGAGACAUAAAUGAGUGUAAAAGCUUUCAUGAAACUAGCCACAAUAGAUAUCAUUGCACAAAAUAAUUUCAUAACAAAUCUAAAAUGCACUAUAGUGGUCAAAAAUAAUGAAAUAGUCUAGCACAACAUUGCUUUCCUCUGUGACUCUCAUACUUGUGCAAUCCCUGAAAAUCUGCCCUAAAAUCAGGCAUAGUUUGGAGAUGGUUUCAGCCUCUACUGUGUUCCCUGAAGAGUUAUUUAUAAAAUAUAAUAUUAUAAAUCAAAUUGGAAGUAUUCAACUUUUUUUUUUUUGACUGAUGCCUAUGUAUAUUAGAAAAACACCAUUCACUGUGUAUAUAUGUAAUGUGUAUAUUCAUAGAUUACAAUGAAGAAUAAACCUUUAUCAUCACAAACAGCUGAAAUAUGUGAAAAUGUGACACUUUUAGAGGGACGUCUCCAUUCUGGUCUUUGGUAAAAUUAUACUUUUUUUUCCCUUAUAGUAUAAAUUGCUUAACAGAAAAAGCUCUGUUAAUUUAUUUAUCGAUGAUUGUACUGCUGUGUAAAGGUUUCUGUAUGGUCAUGAUGAUUUUGUUUAAUUUACAAUAAAAUAUUGUAUUUGAAGACUUUA